AUGUCGGGGGCCUCCAAGGAGGGAGUGGGGGCCCGGGGGCUGCCGGUGGCGGCAGGCAAGGCCUGCCUGUCCAGCCUGGACCGGAAGCUGAGCGCGCUCAACGAGAAGGUGGACAAGCUCCUGCAUUCCCAGGAAGACGUUGCGGAGAAGCUGCAGGGCGUGUGCCGGGGCCUGGACCACCUGGAGCAGGGCCUGCACCGGCUGGAGGCCUCCGGGGGCCCGGGCCCCACGGGGGCUGGCCCUGCCCCGCCGGGGGACCCUGCCCCUCCGCGGGACGCGCAGGCCGGGUGGCCCGAGGUCCUGGACCUGGUGCGGGCCGUGCGGCAGGAUGCGGCCCAGCACGGCGCCCGACUCGAGUCCUUGUUCCGGGUGGUGGCGGCCGUGGACCGGGCCAUCGCCCUGGUGGGCGCCGUGUUCCAGAACUCCACGGUGGUGGACUUCAUCCUGCAAGGCAGCGUGCCCUGGAGGCGAGGGCGCCUGGCCCCCGGCCCCUCGGAGAACAAAGAGCGAGAGGAGGAGGCGGGAGCCAAGCCGCAGCGUGCGCUGAGCAGCCGGGGCGUGCAGGCCGAGCUCCGGGGGCCUCGGGAAGAGAGCCGGAAGGCUGACCUGCCGGAGGGGACGGCAGCAAGGCUGCCCCCGGUCGGUGCUUCGGGGAUGGGAUCUGACGUCCUGGCCCAGCCAGAGGCCCAGCCGGAGCAGGGAGGCGGGGUCCCCGGCCCUGACCAGGCGCCCCCUGGACACCUGCCGCCCACAGAAGCAGACGCCACAGCUCCCGGGGCGCCUGGCGAGACCCCCAAGACCAGCCAGGAGGCGGCACCAGGCGCAGGACAAGGGCCAUUGUCCAGCGGACCUGAUGCUCUGCCCACAGAGGAGAAUGUGACGCUGACCUCAGGCCAGCCUGCCCGGGACAGGGCAGCUCACCGUGGCGAGGACACGCAUCCAAGGCUCUCCGUCCACGUGCAGGAGACGGACACGCCCGGGGAGCUGCGGGCGGUGCGAGGGGGCAGCCUCAGUGCCGCGCCCCCCGCGGAGGCCCCUGCAGCUGCCCAGCCCGGGGAGCGGGACCCGCCUGCGCACGGGGGCUGUCCCCAGGCCCCGGGGACCGAGUCGGGAGAACAGGGCCCCGAAGGAGCCGGCGCCUGCCCCCCGCUGCCCGCGCGGAGCAGCAACGGGGGAGCAGAGGCCGAGGACAAGCCGGGAUCUGCAGCCGGAGCCGCCCUGGGACCGAGCGGGGCCAGCGGGGGCUCGGGAGAGGACGCUGGGGCCCCGGGCCUGCAGCAGGACACCGGCCCAGGAGCAGGCGGCCCGGAGCCCGGGAGGGACUGCACCCCCGGGGGCCUGGGUGCAGCCGAGGCUGGAAGUCCGCCCCAGGGAGCCGAGGCUGGCGGCCUGGUUCUGGAUGACAGCCCGGCCCCGCCCGCCCCAUUCGAGCACCGGGUGGUGAGCCUGAAGGAGGCCACGGCCGCGGCGGGCUAUGCCGUGUGCCAGCACGAGGUCCUGGGCGGGGGCCGGUUCGGCCAGGUCCACAGGUGCACGGAGCGGUCCACGGGCCUGGCGCUGGCAGCCAAGGUCAUCAAAGUGAAGAGCAACAAGGAUCGGGAGGACGUGAAGAACGAGGUCGCCAUCAUGAACCAGCUGAGCCACGUGAACCUGAUCCAGCUCUACGACGCCUUCGAGAGCAAGCACAGCUGCACGCUGGUCAUGGAGUGCGUGGACGGGGGAGAACUCUUUGACCGGAUCACGGAUGAGAAGUACCACCUGACCGAACUGGAUGUGAUCUUGUUCACCAAGCAGAUCUGUGAGGGCGUGCACUACCUCCAUCAGCACUACAUCCUGCACCUGGACCUCAAGCCGGAGAACAUCCUGUGUGUCAACCAGACAGGACACCAAAUAAAGAUCAUUGACUUCGGGCUGGCCAGAAGGUACAAGCCGCGGGAGAAGCUGAAGGUGAACUUUGGCACGCCCGAGUUCCUGGCCCCCGAAGUUGUCAACUACGAGUUCGUCUCAUUCCCCACGGACAUGUGGAGUGUGGGCGUCAUCACCUACAUGCUACUCAGCGGCCUGUCGCCGUUCCUCGGGGAAACGGACGCCGAGACCAUGAAUUUCAUCGUGAACUGCUGCUGGGACUUCGAGGCGGACACCUUCGAGGGGCUGUCGGAGGACGCCAAGGACUUCGUGUCCCAGCUGCUGGUCAAGGAGAAGAGCUGCAGGAUGAGCGCCACCCAGUGCCUGAAACACGCGUGGCUGAGCGACCUGCCCGCCAAGGCGUCCCGGGCCCAAGUGCGCCUCAGGUCCCAGCUCCUGCUGCAGAAGUACCUGGCUCAGCGCAAGUGGAAGAAACACUUCCACGUGGUGACGGCUGCCAACAGGCUCAGGAAAUUUCCCACUUGCCCCUAAUCCUGGACCGGACGCCACUGCUCCCUGGGCCCAGCCGUGACGGAGGCCCGUGGUGACGCCUGGAGGUGUAGGUACCCCGGCCUUUGGCUCAGACGGAUGCCACGAACUGUGUCAGAGAGGUUCCGGCCGGCGCCUUCCCGUGGGCAGGACUGUGGCUGCCGGAGGAGCCCGCUGGUGUGAAGUGCUGUGUCCACUCGUCAGGUGCACCCGCUUUCAGGGGCGCAUGUGGCGUGCUGUCCGUGGGUAGGAGAGCUACGUGCACGUGGCGGAUGGGACUGCGGAGCACGGCCUGAUUCGGGGACUCGGACUCGUGCAGGGGCCGGCAGUCUGCGGAUCUCCCUCGGCACGGGAAGUCCUGCCGCUCCGAUUCCCCGGGGCUGGGCCACAUUGUCCUUACUGUCCGACCCGCUCUGUGUGCAGCCACGUGAUUUAGGGCGGGAUCCUCUAACGUGUUUUACCUUGUGCGCCCUUUGGAGAAUGGAAACCUGCACCUUUGAUAGUCUUUGAGAUUUGGAAAUAUACUGACCGUCGUGGCCGAAAGAGCACAGGGUCAAUUGGAAUGCGCUUAUAUAUUUUUAUUGAUUUUAGAGAGAGAGGGAGUGGAAUAGAGUAACAUCAAUUGGCUGUCCCUCGUCGGUUUGGCUCAGUGGAUAGAGCAUCAGCCCUCGGACUGAAGGGUCCCGGGUUCGAUCCCGGUCAAGGGCAUGUACCUUGGUUGCAAGUUCAGUCCCCAUCCCUGGUCGGGCCGCACGCAGGAGACAACCAAUAGAUGUGUUUUUCUCACCUCGAUGUUUCUCUGUCUCGCUCUCUCCCUUCCACUCUCUCUAAAAAUCAGUGGAAAAAUAUCCUCAGGU